AGAAGUAAAACUAACGUGGCCGAGAGUGUUCACUGUUUACAUCGCUGCAAAUAAGAUUUUAAAGAAAAAAAAAUAAAACAAUAAAUAAAACGGGUGUGCACCAAAUAUUCUAUUUUUUAUUUUUGUGAAUAUAGUAAAUUAAAUAUUUUACUUAUCGUUUAAUUCAAGUAUAAUCUAACGCAAUAAAUUAGAACGUGUGUAUGUGUGUGAUUGUCGACAGUUAAUGCCAGUUAGGACAGAACAUUUCGAUUGUAUACCUGUAUAAAUUGAGCGUAAAAACAACUAGAAUUCUGCAAUAGUAAAGCAUAUCUUUAAAAGAAUACCUAAGCAUUGGUCCAAAGACAACAACUUCCCAAGAACAACACUAUAUAUUGUACAACAACAACAGCAGUACAAAGUACAAUUAUAAUAAAUAAAGCAAAGAGAAGGAAAUAAGUGCUUCAGAAGAAGCAGGUCGUUGGUGAAUCAACCGAUUCUGCAUUUAUUACAUCACACGCGUAAACUACUUUGCUUCCUGUCUGGCAUCCUUCUCGAUUGACAUACAGACGUGCUGAAAAUGUUUAUUGAAGAUGACGCACAAAUGGAAAGCUUCUGGGUGCAGAGCGCGAUCGGUGCUAUCAAAGUGCUCGCUUUUGUGUGUGACAUAAUCACGUUGCCGGUAUAUUUGGUGUUGCAGCGACCAUGGAAGCGAAGAGAGGAGUCGCGACGCGUCAAGGCGCGUGUUGUCAGUUCCGAUGAGCAUUCGUUGACCUAUCGCACUAUUGAACCGCCCCGCGAGGUACACGUGAAGAUGCUGCAAAAUAACAUCGACACACUAGAGAAGAUGUUCAACUAUGUGGCCAAGGUGCAUUCGAACAAACGUUGCUUGGGCACACGUCAGAUCCUCAGCGAAGAGGAUGAGGUGCAACCGAAUGGACGCAUCUUCAAGAAGUACAAUAUGGGCGAGUAUAAGUGGAAGAAUUUCAUUGAGACCGAUCGCAUGGCAACGUCCUUCGGUCGCGGUCUGCGCGAAUGUGGUCAGAGCGCCCGACAGAAUAUUGUUAUUUUUGCGGAGACGCGCGCCGAAUGGAUGAUUGCGGCGCAUGGUUGCUUCAAGCAGGCGAUGUCCAUUGUAACUGUAUAUGCCACACUAGGCGAUGAAGGCGUGGCGCAUUGCAUCAGCGAAACGGAAGUCACCACAGUGAUUACGUCGCACGAGCUGUUGCCUAAAUUCAAGCAGUUGCUGGAUAAAUGCCCCAAUGUAAACACCGUUAUCUACAUGGAAGAUCAGUUGCAUAAGACCGACACAACGGGCUUCAAGGACGGCGUACGCGUUCUCUCUUUUUCGCAAGUUGUGCGCAUGGGUCAGGAGAGCAAGUUUGAGAGCGUUCCACCCAAACCCGAGGACACAGCCAUUAUUAUGUAUACUUCCGGCUCGACAGGCACACCGAAGGGCGUGUUAUUGUCUCAUCAAAAUUGUAUUGCCACAAUGAAAGGUUUCUGUGACGUGGUGACCGUGAAGCCUGACGAUGUGCUGAUUGGCUUCCUGCCGCUCGCGCACGUGUUUGAAUUGCUCGCCGAGAGUGUUUGCCUGAUUACCGGCGUACCCAUUGGCUACUCCACGCCACUGACUCUAAUUGACACCAGCAGUAAGAUUAUGCGCGGCAGCAAAGGUGAUGCGACCGUCUUGAGACCCACAUGCAUGACUUCCGUGCCGUUAAUCUUGGACCGCAUCUCCAAGGGCAUUAACGACAAAGUUAAUUCGGGUUCUGCUUUCAAGAAGGCGCUCUUCAAAUUUCUGUAUCAGUACAAAGUGCAAUGGACGAAUCGUGGCUAUCAGACGCCGUUGAUUGAUAAAUUGGUUUUCCAGAAGGUCUCAAAAUUGCUUGGUGGUCGCGUGCGAUUGGUGCUCUCCGGCGGUGCGCCACUUUCACCCGAUACACAUGAACAAAUCAAAACAUGCUUAUGCGUAGAAGUAGUACAAGGUUACGGUCUAACGGAGACUACAUCGGGCGCCACGGUUAUGGACAACCGUGAUAUGACUUAUGGUCGCACUGGCGCACCGCUGACCGUCUGCGACAUACGUCUAGUCAACUGGGAGGAGGGCAGAUAUCGUAUUACAAAUAAACCAUAUCCACAGGGCGAAGUGCUAAUAGGCGGUGAUUGUGUAUCGAAAGGUUACUACAAAUUGCCCGACAAAACCGAUGAGGAAUUUUUCGAGGAGGAUGGCAAACAGUGGUUUAAGACUGGCGACAUUGGUGAAAUUCAUCCAGAUGGUGUACUUAAAAUCAUUGAUCGCAAGAAGGACUUGGUUAAGCUGCAGGCCGGCGAAUACGUGUCACUCGGCAAAGUUGAAUCCGAACUGAAGACUUGCCCAAUUGUGGAGAAUAUCUGCAUUUAUGGCGAUCCAACCAAACAGUUCACCGUGGCAUUGGUGGUGCCCAAUCACAAACAUCUCGAAGAAUUGGCCGAACGCAAUAGUUUAAAGUCCAAACCUUUUGACGAGUUAUGCACGUCGCCUAUUAUGGAGAAAGCGGUCCUAAAAGAACUAUCCGAACAUGCCAGGAAAUGCAAAUUGCAAAAGUAUGAAGUGCCCGCAGUGCUCACGCUCUGCAAGGAGGUUUGGUCACCUGACAUGGGUCUCGUUACGGCCGCUUUUAAGCUGAAACGCAAGGAAAUACAAGAAAAAUACCAACACGAUAUCAAACGCAUGUACGCGUCAUGAAAGUCAGUGUACUGAAUUGUGAUGUCGUCGAACAAAACUAAAAAUUUCUGUACAUUUUUCCGGCCAAUGGCAUUGCAAGCAAGUUGUAAGUUAAACUAAAUUUUAAUAUUUCAUGCUUAAUGAAAUAAUUAUGGCAAAAAAAAAAUGUAAAAGCAAAAUAGUCAUGGCUUGUUAACGGAGAAAUGUGCAACACUAAAAGGAGUAAACAAAGAAAAAAAAGCAAAACCAAGAAAAAAUGAAAAAAAAUAA